CAGACGCGGGAGACUCUCUCUCUCUCUCUCCCACUCUCCUCUCUCUUUCUCUCUCUUGUUUUUUUUCGCUAAAGAUUUCUUUAAAAACAUUUCCGAAAUCGAAUACGAAGAUUUAGCUCUCUCCUCUGCUAUAUUCACUGCGAUAACAAAGUCAGUCAAUCACUCACUCAAACCAAAGUUUCCAUCUUUAUAUAUUUAUGCGUACGGACACACAGUUUCUAUCUCCGCCGCCGUCCUAAUCGCCGCCGUGAGAAUGGGUGAGCCCAGAGACAGUCUCGCUCUCUCUAAUCUACUCAUCUGCCACGAAUCCGAGUCUUGUCUGAACGAACAACAGCAAGACGACGACGACGAUGAGACCAAGAUUGAGAGAUCUGAUGAGCAGCAGAAACCUCACUGUUUCGCAACGAUCGGUGACGACGAUGAAGAUUACGUGGCGGAGCUAGUUCGCAAAGAGAAUCGGCGGUUCGAUGAUGAUGACGACAAACCCACGAAAACGACGUCGUCGCUAGACAGAUUGAUUGCAAUCGAUUGGAUUCUCGCUACAAGAACUAGAUUUGGGUUCCAGCAUCAGACAGCGUACAUUGCAAUCUCGUACUUGGAUCUGUUUCUACACAAGAGAUUCAUCGGUUUGCAGAAAGAUGAAUCGUGGGCGAUUAGAUUGUUGUCAGUGGCGUCUUUGUCACUAGCUGCGAAGAUGGAGGAACGUGUUGUUCCUGGAUUAUCGCAAUACCCACAAGAUCAAGACUUCGUUUUUAAACCCGACGUGAUUCGCAAAACCGAGCUUUUGAUCUUAUCGACAUUGGAUUGGAAGAUGAGUUUGAUCACUCCUUUUCAUUACUUGAACUACUUUCUUGCUAAAAUCUCUCCAGACCGUAACCAAUCUGUUUCUAAAGAGCUUGUCUUGUUAAGAUCCUCUGAAUCUCUUCUCGCUCUUACCAAAGAGAUAAGUGUUACGGAUUAUCGACAGUUCGUUAUUGCUGCUGCUACUACAUUGUUAGCUUCUUCUACUUCAUCGGAUAUUAGAUUGACGAGAGAAGAAAUGGCUAACAAGUUUGGAUCAGUCUCUUGGUGGACUUCUAAUGAGAAUAACAAUGUAUAUUCAUGUUAUGAGAGUAUGGUAGAGAUUGAAGAGAGGAAACAUAUGACACCGCCCGAACUAGCGGUUCCUGGACCGGUGGUUGGUUCGGGAAGUGGCGCUAAACGCCGGCUGUCUUUUGAUGAUUCUGAUCAGCCGUCUUCUUCUUCUCCUGAUGCCAAGAGAAUGCGUAGGCUCUGAAGAGAGUUUUCUUUCCUACUUGGAGUUUUUGGUUUCUAAGUUAUAUUGGUAUUUUUUUUGCAACAUAUUGCUUUGGUUUUUAUAUUCAAUCAUUUGAUUAUAGAGAAAAAAAUGGUCUGAAUACAAUGGUUAUUUCAUCUUUUUUGAAGUAACUCAUAUAUAGAGGUUUAUAUAUGAUGGUCUCUCUUGA